AUGAAUACAUACCAAACCCCCCGCAUUCUCCCCGCACACCUCCAAGCCUUCCACCCUUCCCAAGCCGGUCAGCACACCUCAUACACAGUCCGCCUCCUAGGCACUGUAACCGCGCUCUCUGGCAAUGCCGGUACUCUUCAAUGCGGACACACUGGCGAGGUUACACUCAUCUUGACAUCGAAUGGGCGCUUGCAAGUCGGAAAGUUAUUUGAGGUUAUUGGAAAGGUUGCUGAACUAGAGAACGGACAAGGAUUUGGACUCAAAGUUCUAGGCAGCGUGGAAUGGGGCAACCCGGAUAGUUGCGACUAUAAUAUCUACGAACAAGUCGUCAAUGCCACUCAUCUCUGUACCCCCAUCUUCUACGAUGUGGUGCAACAGAGCGGAUGA